CACGUUUCCUGGAGCAAGUUUCACAUGAGUGUCAUUUCUCCAACGGGACGGAGCGGGUGCGGUUCCUGGACAGAUACUUCCACAACCGGGAGGAGCUCCUGCGCUUCGACAGCGACGUGGGGGAGUUCCGCGCGGUGAGCGAGCUGGGGCGGCGGGAUGCCGAGAACUGGAACAGACAGAAGGACUUCAUGGAGGAUGAGCGGGCUGCGGUGGACAACUACUGCCGACACAACUACGGGGUUGGUGAGAGCUUCACUGUGGAGCGGAGAGUUAAGCCGAAGGUGACUGUGUAUCCCACAAAGACACAGCCCCUACAGCACCACAAUCUCCUGGUCUGUGCAGUGAGUGGCUUCUACCCAGGCCACAUUGAAGUCAGGUGGUCCCGGAAUGGCCAGGAGGAGCAGGCUGGGGUCGUGUCCACAGGCCUGAUCCAGAAUGGAGACUGGACCUUCCAGAUCCUGGUGAUGCUGGAAACAGUUCCUCAGAGUGGAGAGGUCUACACCUGCCAGGUGGAGCACCCAAGCCUGACGAGCCCUGUCACAGUGGAAUGGAGGCCACAGUCUGAGUCUGCAUGGAACAAGAUGCUGAGUGGAGUUGGGAUCUUUGCUCUGGGUCUGCUCUUCCUUGGGGUGGGGAUGUUCAUCUACUACAGGAAUUAGGAAGUGCUAUCAUGAGAGGGGAAAGGAAGCCAUUUGCAAAAUUAGGACUGAAAUACCACUGUCCUCUGCCUUCUGCAGGAUUCCUGAGCUGAAUAGAAGGUGACAACACUGACGGAACCUCUCCAAGUCAUAAAAAGGCUUCCUGCUUGGCUCUCCUUCUUCUACAUAGACAGUGCAUUCUCAGGACUUGGUUCCCUGUAGUUCAGUGACCCCGCAGAACAUUUCCUUCUUGCUGGCUUCCUGAGCCCCUGCCCCUGACCUGGAAGCUCCAGUACAGCCCCAGGGGGACCUUCUCUCCAUUUUCUUCUGGACCCUGAAUAUUCAACUCUGACUGCCUCCAGAGGGUCUGAACUCACUUUGUGCCACAUUAUUUUAUUCCAUUUUCUUCAAAUAAACAUGGAGUGAAAAAUCA